ACCAGUUUCACUCACUCCUCAAAGCCGUCACCGGCGUCUCCAUGGCACGAGCACAAAACUAGCCAGGUCUGAAAAUUACACCUGAGACUGCAGACACGCGGGAUCAGACAACAUGCUGGAUUUGUACAAUCACUAUAAGUUUUAUCAUUUCUUCUCCAUCUGCUUCGGCCUGGGCUGUGGACUGUGUAGCUACAGGCCGUACUACUCGCUGGUGAUGCCGGUCGUCCUCACUGUCUUCUGCAUGUUUGUUUUUGAGGCUGUGGGCUGGUGCUUUGGGUUGCCUCCACACACCAGACGAUGCAGAGGUCCACCUUUCCACCGGAGAGAUGCACUGUGGGGGUUCGUUUUUGCUCUGAUUGUGGCUGUCCUACAUCUCCAUUCUUAUCACGUCUAUACUCUCUCUCACGGCAGUGGCAUUGCUGUGUUUGCCAUCCGAGGAGCCAUACGGAGGUGCAGAGCUCUGUGGAAGCACAGGAACAAAGGCUACACCUACUUCACUGCGACUAAUGGACAAAGAGGCCACGCCUCCUUCACAGGGACUGAUGGACAAAGAGGCCACACCUUCUUCACUGGGACUAAUGGACAAAGAAGCCAUACCUUCUUCACUGGGACUAAUGGACAAAGAGGCCACACCUUCUUCACUGGAACUCCCCAGAAUAGAGGCCACGCCUCCUUCACUGGGACUAAUGGACAAAGAGGCCACACCUUUUUCACUGGAACAAACUGGAACAGUGGCCACACCUCCUUCACUGGAACGCCCCGGAACAGAGGCCACGCCUACUCUACAGGAACUGACUGAUCCAGGGGACUCACGCUGUAUAGUUCAUAUUUAUCAGUAAAUUAUAGAGUAAAAUUAUGUGAUUUAUUUUAAUGUUGAGAUUUUGGAUUCCAAAUAUUAAAAUUGCUCUAAAAUGUGAUGUAAAGAACAUGAUGAUGAUGAUGAUGAUUCUGGAUAACAUUGUUGUGGUUGCAUAGUGCAGCAUAGUUUUAAAACGAAUGCUUUUUAUUACUUUUCUUUUGUAUUUUCUGUGUUCAUUCUGGACCUAUUCUUAAACUGCAGCAUGCUGGUUGCACUAACACUUCGCGUGUGUAUGUGUGUGUGUGUGUGUGUGUAGGCACCUGGACAAACUAGAUACACAAUGCAGUAUGUAUAGGCAAAGUGUAAUACGAGCCUUUAGUGGAAAAUGUACAGAACAGGAAGAAAGGUCUGUGCUGCCCCCUGGUGGAAAAAAGUUGAGUUUACAGGUUAUGAUUGUGGCUCACACAUGCGCAAAAGUGUGUGUGUGUGUGUGUGUGUGUGUCCUCGUCCUCACUGCAGUAUUUAUCACAGUGACAGCAUCACGUGCAGCUUCACUUCCAUCUCGGCUCUGAAUGAGUGCACAUGAUGGGCAGCUGUCAGUCUGCGCACGUGCUGGGGGUAAGUGCAGUGUUAGCUUAAAGAUCACAUGAUGUGUGAUGAAGUAAAGGUCACACCAGAGGGGUGCAGAGGGGUUCAGACAGGACAGGCGUGUUCUCAUGAGCCAGAUGUCGAGGCAUUUGAAGAUGUUCCCACUCUUUUCUUCACAUGUCCCCUAGCUCCUCUUCUCAGUGCCUGGCUUUCUUUAUUAUUAUUUUCUUCUUCUUCUUCUUAUUCUUUUCACCCCUCAGCACUCUGACCUCCGAAUAUAAAGUGCUACAUGAGUCAAGAUUAUUGUGGUUAUGACUUCCCCCUGUUUAUCUUUGAGAAACAGUGUGUUAUUGCUAGUUCGUUACAGCCCAUCGUUCAUCCAGCUCCAUUACUACCCCACUCUAAGCCACGCCCACUUUCCAACCCCUCACGUGUGUCAUCUUCAGUCAAGUUCACCUUCGAUCUGAUCAACACACCUGCUCCCAAUCUGCUCAUUUAUCCCCCCCCCCCCCACACACACACUCACAGUAUUAUUUUGUCUCUCACUUGAUUAUUAAGGCGUUUCUAUUAUUUCUCGAUUGAUAUUUGUUUUUUCCUACUUUAUUUAUCUAGUUAAUAUCUCAUGCCCCCUCCCCGCCCCUGUCUGUAAAUAAAUAAAGUUUUUAUAGUUUUAAUUAAACCUGCAGUCAUAUCCACUGAGUUUGUCGAAAUAUGACACAAAUUUAGUUGAGUUCUUUCUACAGCUCUUAAAGGUGCGAUAGGCAAAUAUUUUGUCAGUAUUAGUGGUUAGCUCUAUCGCCUCACACCUCCAGGGUUGGGGGUUCGAGUACCGGUUUCCUCCGGGUACUCCGGUUUCCUCCCCCAGUCCAAACACAUGCGUGGUAGGCCGAUCGGCGUGUCCAAAGUGUCCGUAGUGUAUGAAUGGGUGUGUGAGUGUGUAUGUGAUUGUGCCCUGUGAUGUCUUGGCACCCUGUCCAUGGUGUACCCCGCCUUGUGCCCCAUGCUCCCUGGGAUAGACUCCAGGUUCCCCCGUGAUCCUGUAGGAUAAGCGGUAGAGAAAAUACUUGAAUGGAUGGACGUGUGGGCUUUGCAAACCAGGAUUCUUCUAGCAUUUUGAUCUCCUUUCCUUCAGUUUUGAAAUAAUCCGGCUCUCGGGUUUCUGGCCACACGACAACAUACCCAUUCGGUUUCUCUAACUAUUAUUCCUAUAUUUAUAUAAUGUAUAUAUGAAUCAUAUACAUAUAAAAUGGCUGUAUUCUGACCUUCAUAUGUGUGUGUGUGUGUGUGUGACGAAGCGUACAGUAUGCAGCCUUGCGAGAAGCAGCUUUGCAGAUGUUCUUGCACAUCUGAUGAACGUCAUGAUGUCAUGACUCUCAU